AUGAAGCUAAAAAAAAUCUUUGAAGAAGCUGAAAAUGAAUACAAUAGACAACUAAACAAAACAUUUAAGGUUGCAUACGCAUCAGAUGAUUAUAAAACAGCCUUCGAGUUUCUUCAAUCAAUUCAGAACGAAGGCAAUAAUUUUACUAAAAGUAAAGUAAUAAAUAAAAUUGGAAUGCGCUUACUUGGUGGCUUCGGUUGUAAACAAAAUAUUGCACAAGGGCGAGAAUUAAUUAAAAAAGCUUCAACACUUGGUCUUACUAGCGCAACUACUUGG